AUGUCGAAAGCGGACAAGAAGGUGGCCCCUUCCACACACCUGAUCGCGGGUGGUAUUGCAGGGUUUGCGGAAGCAUGUACCUGUCAUCCCCUGGACACGAUCAAGGUGCGAAUGCAGCUCUCGCGUAGAGGCAAGAAGGCCGGCGAAAAGCCCCGAGGCUUCAUCGCAACUGGUGCGCAUAUCAUCAAGCGUGAAACCCCACUGGGUCUUUACAAGGGUCUGGGCGCGGUUGUGGCGGGCAUCGUGCCCAAGAUGGCCAUCCGAUUCAUGAGUUUCGAGCAGUACAAGGCGGCUCUGGCGGACAAGAACACGGGCAAGACGUCGGCGCAAGGCAUCUUCCUCGCCGGUCUGGGUGCCGGUACCACCGAAGCUGUCGCCGUAGUCAACCCGAUGGAGGUGGUCAAAAUCCGUCUACAAGCGCAGCAGCACUCGCUCGCCGACCCUCUCGAGGUGCCCCGAUACCGCAACGCCGCACACGCCCUGUACACAAUCAUCCGCGAGGAAGGUUUUAUGACGCUCUACCGGGGUGUGGCGCUCACAGCAGCACGACAGGCGACCAACCAGGCCGCUAACUUCACCGCCUACCAGGAGCUCAAGGGCGCCGCUCAGCGCUACCACGGCACCACCGAACUGCCUUCCUACGAGACGGCCGUGAUCGGACUCAUCUCGGGUGCUCUGGGACCGUUCUCGAAUGCGCCCAUCGACACGAUCAAGACGCGUAUCCAGCGUGCCUCCAAGGUAGAAGGCGAGACCGCCAUCAGCCGUGUAGUCAAAGUGGCCAAGGACAUGUUUGCACAGGAAGGUGCCAGCGCCUUCUGGAAGGGCAUCACGCCUCGUGUAGCGCGUGUUGCUCCUGGUCAAGCUGUUGUCUUCACCAUCUACGAAAAAGUCAAGGGCUACAUCGAGGCAGCGAAGACUGGCGAUUUUAGUCUCACUGACACUCGUUCCGACGAGUGA